AUGGUCGAUAUCCACGAAAAAUCGAUAACUCAUAGAAAAGCAACGGCAUUUGGGAUCAUUAGGUUCUCCAAUAACGUUGCGGCAUCAUUGAUUGAACAAGAUUCCAACAAAAAGGGUGAUGUUUUGGGAGUAAGUCGCAUUUCAGGUAUAAUGGCAGUCAAAAACACAUCCCAGCUGAUCCCAUUAUGCCAUCCCAUCAGCAUAACCAAGAUUAAAGUUACAUUGGAGCUAGAUUCCAAGAAUAACUCUGUCACUUCCGAAUGCACUGUUGAAUGCGAAGGAAAAACAGGUGUGGAAAUGGAAGCAUUAACCGGAUGCACAGUCUCCCUAUUGACCGUUUACGACAUGUGCAAAGCCGUCGACAAAGACAUGAUCAUUAGUGAAGUCCAAGUGACCGAAAAAAGGGGAGGGAAAGCUGAUUAUAGUAGUAGUCGUAAUUCUUAG